AUGGGGCAGACAACUCUCCACACUUCCGCAUCCUCCCGCGUGGCGGUAGGCUCUAGCCGUGGUCGUUUUACCCAGGAUUGGAGGCGUGAAGCUAAUGCAGGAUCUGGGGCCUGGCACGUCAUGACCAAAGACCCAAAAACCAAUAUGGCAUCUGCUUAUACGAAUUACACCCAGUUGGAUACCCCCGAGCUUGAAUAG